AUGGACACACCCCUCUCAUCGUCUGAGAUCUCUCCCCGCUUCUCCAAUACCGUCCCCUCAUCGGUCUCUUCCAUGACACCCAACGCGGACCCCUCAGUUAUUGUGGGGCUUGCUUGUCGUGUCCCAGGAGCUACCAACCCAAGUCAGUUAUGGGAAAACAUCGUCGCGCAGAAGGACUUGCAGCGGAAGAUGCCCGCGGAUCGGUUCAAUGUGGACGCUUUCUAUCACCCAGAUGGGACCAACAAAGGCACCACCAACGCCAAAUUUGGCUACUUCCUUGACCAGGAUAUUGGCAUGUUUGACGCCGGGUUCUUUCGGAUUUCCGGUAAGGAAGCCGAAGCGAUGGACCCUCAGCAGCGGUUGUUGCUGGAGGUUGUCUAUGAAGCGCUUGAGGAUGCUGGCAUCACUCUGGACGAGGUCAAUGGAUCUAAUACUGCUGUCUUCUGCGGCUCCUUCACCAACGACUACAAUGCCAUGGUCACUAAAGAUCUUGAGUAUUACCCCAAGUACACCGUCACCGGCACAGGAAACGCCAUUCUUUCCAACCGGAUAUCAUAUUUUUACAACCUUCAUGGCCCCAGCGUGACGAUCGAUACUGCAUGCUCGUCGUCUUUGAACGAAUCGGAUAUUGCUAUUGUGGUCGGCUCAGCCCUUCACUUUGACCCGAAUGUGUUCAUUACAAUGACCGACUUGGGCAUGCUGUCAAGUGACGGUCGCUGCCGGACGUUCGACUCCAUGGGCAGUGGCUAUGUCCGGGGCGAGGGUAUCUGCGCCGCAGUCCUGAAACGUCGGCGCGACGCGGUAUAUAACGGUGACAACAUCCGCGCCGUGGUACGUGCUUCAGGUGUGAACCACGAUGGUAUCAAACAGGGAAUUACUCUGCCAAAUACCAAUGCCCAGGAGAAGCUUAUCCGUCGGACGUACGAUCUAGCCGGUCUAGAUCCAAACGACACGCAGUACUUCGAGGCACACGGUACAGGUACAGCCCGAGGAGACCCAAUCGAGGCGCGGGCCAUCGGUGCUGUUUUCGGCUCAACACGAUCUGAGCCACUCUACGUAGGAUCGGUUAAGAGUAACAUCGGCCAUCUGGAGGGUGCCUCGGGCUUGGCCGGUAUCAUAAAAGCGACUUUGGCCUUAGAGGAAAGCCAGAUUCCACCCAACAUGCACUUCAAACGGCCCAACCCGGAAAUCAAGUUCGACGAAUGGAAAAUCCAGGUGCCGCAGGAUAUUAUUAGUUGGCCAGCGAGCGCGAACGGUAUACGCCGUGCCAGUAUCAAUUCUUUCGGUUAUGGAGGCACUAACGCACACGUCAUUCUGGACGCCUACAAGCCCGAAGAUAGCGAAGCCGAAUUGCAAGCCAUCCCAGCCAUCUCCAGCAGCAUACCCGUUGAUCGUCCGUACCUGAUUCCGCUGAGUGCGCAUUCGACGAAAGCCGGAGCCUUGUGGGAGGACAAACUGACUAAGUAUCUGUCAAACGAGCCCAUCGGUAGGCCCGCGGUCAGCGACCUCGCAGUUAGCUUGUCGACACGCCGCACAAUGCAUGGCAACCGCUCGUUCAUUAUCGGCAAAGACAUGCCUACUGUUCUCCAGGGGCUCGAGCAGCCACCUAGCCCUGCUGCUGCCUGGACGCGCCCGUUGAAGGAGACCCCCCGGCUCGGAUUUGUCUUCACUGGUCAAGGUGCUCAGUGGUUUGCAAUGGGCCGGAAACUCAUCCAGCAAUCGCAUUUGUACCGGCAGACCCUGGAGCGAUGCGAUGCGGUCUUGCAGAGCUUGCCAGAUGGACCUGACUGGACAGUCCUGGAAGAACUGCUGCGCACAGAGGAAGCCAGUCGCCUGAAGGAAACCCGGCUAUCACAGCCCAUCUGCACUGCCAUGCAGCUUGCCACGGUAUGCCUAUUGAAACAAUGGGGCAUUGAACCUUCCGCAGUAGUGGGGCACUCAUCUGGCGAAGUAGCAGCAGCUUAUGCAGCAGGGAUUCUUACGUUUGAAAAUGCUAUGAUUGCUGCCUAUUACCGAGGGCUUUACAUGUCGAGCGGUGUCGAUGGCUCUAUGACCACGGAUGGCGCCAUGAUGGCGGUUGGAUUGACCGAAGCGGAAGCAAAGAAGGAAUUUGAAACCUACACUGGCCAGAUCUGCGUGGCUGCCGUCAAUAGUGCUUCUAGUUUAACACUGUCUGGUGAUAAAGAUGCCAUCGUCCGCUUGAGAGACAGCCUCGUGGAGCGAAAGAUAUUCGCCCGACUGCUUCAGGUUGCACAGGCCUUUCACUCACACCACAUGCUUCCCUUGGCGCCGAAGUAUGAAGAGGCACUGAAGAACUGUGCUGGGUUCGGUACAAGUCCUGCACGUGUCCGCAUGUUUUCCAGUGUCACUGCUCGAUUAGCUCGACCAGGGGAAAUGGGUGCCGGAUACUGGACGGCCAACAUGACGGGUACUGUUCGAUUCUCCGACGCCCUUACCGGCAUUCUUCUGAACGAGGAGGAUGAACAGAAUGUUGAUAUUCUUGUUGAGAUUGGUCCCCAUCCAGCACUGAAGGGUCCUUCGCGCCAGGUCAUGAAUGCUCUCAAGCUCAACCUUCCUUACCUGGCAUCGCUGACUCGCGGAGUGAAUGAUUACGAAAGCCUGUUGACACUGGCAGGUCAGCUCUUCCAGUAUGGGUUCCCGGUUGACUUGAUUGCCGUGAAUAGCGACCAUUUUCUUCAAAGGGAGACAGGUAUGAUUCAAUCUGAGCUGCACGGGAAGCGACUUCGGGAUCUGCCGACCUAUGCCUGGGAUCACAAGCGGUAUUGGUCUGAAACUCGACCUAUCCGCGAGCAUCGGCUGCGCAAGCAGCGGCACUCAAUCCUCGGGGCCCGAAUGCCUGGAAUUCCGGAGAGGACUCCACACUGGAGGAAUUAUCUUCGCCUCAAGGAGAUUCCGUGGCUCGCGGAUCAUGUCAUAGACGGUAACGCCGUUUUCCCAGCUGCCGGCUACUUCAGCAUGGCUAUCGAGGCAGCGGUCAGCAUGUGUGCAGAGGACUCUGUUAUCAAGGAGAUUGCUCUGCGGGAUCUCAAUGUCCAAUCGGCCCUACUAUUGAGCGACUCAGAGGAAGGGACAGAGGUCAUCAUGGAGCUCCGACCGGCAACACAGUCCGCCAAAUCAAAGUCGGCACUAUGGUACGAAUUUACAAUAUACUCCUACGGAGAGUCCAAAAUCCUCAAUGAGCAUUGUUCCGGUUUGGUUUCAGUUGAGACCAACGCUCUGACUUUGCCGAUGCGAUGGGAAUCUUCGAAAACUUUCGAUGACCUGGCAAAAGAGUCACAAGAAUCGAUACCCGCGGAGACUCUGUAUGACCACCUGACGGCGCUGGGUCUACAAUAUGGUCCCAGUUUUCAGUUACUGACUGGCGAUGUCCAGACUGGACCAGGAUUUGCAUUGGCUGGUCUCGACUUCCAGCCAAGCCAGUUCUCCGUCCAGGCGGCCGACCUCACAAUUGCACAUCCCACAUUGUUGGAUGCAUCCUUCCAUGCGAUCUUUCCUGCUAUUGAGUCUGCUCUUGGACGCUCUCUCGAUGAGCCCUUAGUGCCCACCUUUGUUCGUUCUUUCAAAGUAUCGGGUGAUUUCCUUGCCUGCUGUAGGGAAUCUCGGGAACAGAAAUUCCAGGUCACUUGCUUCACUCGCCUGCCUGGGCCACGUGUUGCCCUAAGUGAUCUGACGGUUUGUUCAAAGGAGAGCAACAAGCCGCUUCUGCAAUUCAAUGGUCUUGAAGUCACUGCACUCGGAUCUGACAAGACUGACAAUUCCGCUGGUCGUUCUCUGUUCUUCCGUACCCGCUGGCAGCCCGCGUUCACGUUCUUGGGUCCCGAUCAUCCGGCCGUGGCCCAGAAGAAUAUCUCAGAAAUAUUGGAUAUCUUCGCGCAUCAAUUCCCUGAUACCAGGAUUCUGCAUGUUUCCGAUACGGUCGAUGGCACGCGAGACGUAUUGAAAUAUCUGGGAGGUCGUUCGAACGAGAGACGUCGUUUCCACUCGAUUACUCCGGUGUUCCAAACCCAAAUUGCACUUGAAGAGAUCGAUGCUCUGAGCCAGGAAUGGCCAGGCUUGGUUGAAAUUUCGGAACCUGAACCCAAUGCAUACGGCCUGGUUGUCCUCAGUAGUGAUGCCGCGGAUCUUGAUUCCAGACAGUUUGUGAAAGAAGGCGGGUUUGUCCUUGCUCUCGGACCGCACCCACAACCCGAAGGACUUCAUGAUGUCUUCUUCACCAAAGACUUGGCCGUCUGGCAAAAAUCGACGGACAAUGCGCAGAAGCCGAAACAGCUGUCGCUGAUUCUCCCUUCAUGUCCUAGUCAGCGAACUUUGGAUAUUGCAGAUGGGAUGGAGAUGCAGCAUGGGAGCAGUGUCUUUGUCACCCGUACCUCCUUAGCAGCCCUUUCCAAUGAAGCGCUCCAAGCAGAAGACAUUGUGGUACUGGCGAACUUGGAUGAAGAUGUGCUCUUUGAACAUAGCUCGUCUGAUCAAAGCACCUUUCUUGGGAUUAAGAGACUACUCACGGCUGGUGGCAAAAAUAUAGUCUGGGUGCUUGAGGGCGGCUCGAUGGAUGCCCCUAAGCCGGAGCAUGCAAUGAUAAUUGGUCUCGCUCGUGUUGCUCGCAGUGAGAAUGACCAGUUGCGCUUUGUUACCCUUGACCUUCCUCGCGCCUCUACACAGGAAACCGUCGUCAGACACGUCUGGAGACUACUAGACCGCUCGAUCACCGAAGACGAGGUGGCUGUGAGGGAUAACUGCAUCUUCAUCCCCCGAGUUGAAGCUGAUGACCAGCUUAACUCCAAGCUCCGCAACGGCACCAACUCCCAACCCCGUGAGGAACCACUUGGCGCAGGUCGCCCACUGGCUCUGAAAAUCGGCCGCGUGGGUCUUCUCGAGACACUUGUUUUCGAAGACGACGAGCAGAUCUUGGAUACGCAGCUCGCUGAUGACGAAAUCGAAAUCGAAGUAAAGGCGUCCGCCAUCAACUUCAGAGACAUCGCUGCCUCGAUGGGUAUCAUCGAUGACUACAAGCUCGGCGAUGAAUGUGCGGGUAUCGUCACGCGAAUUGGAGCACAGGUCAACCCCCAGGAUUUUCAGGUCGGUGAUCGUGUCGCCGCAUGGAGGCCAGGUCAAGGAGCUCACAAGACAAUUGUGCGCAAUCCAGCCUCCCUCUCCUACAAGCUUGGCGAUAUGUCGUUUGUGGAUGCAGCAUCCCUGCCUUGUAUCCUGACCACGGCAUAUUACUCCCUUGUUCAUGUCGCCCACCUCCAGCCCGGAGAAACAGUCCUGAUCCACUCUGCGGCAGGUGGUGUUGGCCAGAUGGCUAUUCAGGUUGCCCAAUAUGUCGGUGCACGUGUCAUUGCCACUGUGGGUUCACAAGCGAAGAGAUCUCUGUUGAAAUCUCGCUACGGACUUGCUGAUGAUAUGAUAUUCAAUUCUCGCGAUGACAGCUUUGUCCGAGAUGUGCUCGAUACAACUGGUGGUCGGGGAGUGGACGUUAUCCUCAAUAGCUUGGCUGGAAAGCUUUUGCAUGCUACUUGGAGCUGUGUUGCCCCGUUCGGUCGCUUUAUUGAGAUCGGAAAGCGCGAUAUCCAUGAAAACUCAAAGAUCGAUAUGGAUCCUUUCCGUCGCAAUGUUGCCUUUGCUUCGGUUGAUUUGGUCACCAUCUUCGAGAAGAACAAGCCCUUGGGCGCGCGUUUGCUCAAGGAAUGUGGUACCCUCGUUCAUAAGGGACACAUUACCCCCCCGGAGACCGUCACAGAGCUCCCUUACUCCGACGCUGUGAAGGCCUUUCGUCUUCUACAGAUGGGGAAGCACACCGGUAAGGUGGUUCUCGUGCCUCAUGCCGGAGAUAGGGUUCCUGUCCUCCCCUCGACAUACCGUAAUCAGCCACUCUUCAAACAUGAAAAGACCUACCUGCUCGUUGGAGGCCUAGGUGGCCUUGGUCGAACCCUUGCUGAAUGGAUGGUCAGGAAAAACGCCAGACGCCUAGCAUUCCUCUCUCGCUCUGGUGCAGACAAGGAGGAGGCGAAGCGUACAGUGGAGUGGCUUCGAGAGCGAGGCGUUUCCGUUACUGUCUUCAAGGGUGACGUUUCCAGAUAUGAAGACGUCGAACGCGCAGUCAAAGCAAUCGAUAAUCUUGGCGGUAUCUUCCAAGCUGCAAUGGUCCUGCAAGAUGCUCCACUUGAGAAUAUGUCCUAUCAGCAGUGGCAAAUUUGUGUUGAGCCCAAGGUCAAGGGUACCUACAAUUUGCAUCAGGCAACUCUAGGUAAGCAGUUGGAUUUCUUCAUUUGCUUUUCAUCCGCGUCGGGCAGCAUCGGCUCGAAAGGACAAGCCAACUACUCAUCCGCCAACUGCUACCUUGACGCAUUGAUGCGACACCGCCGAGAGAUGGGACUCGCUGGCACUACAAUGAAUUGCGGUAUGAUCGUCGGCAUUGGUGCUGUAGCCGCGAACCAGGCCCUUCUCAAGGUCAUGAUGCGCAGUGGUUACGACGGAGUAAACAAGGAAGAGCUACUCUACCAGAUUGAGGAAGCAGUCUUGUCCGAUAACAACAAGAAGGUAUCUCGUCGUGGAGUUGACCUUCAUCAAACCAUUACCGGAAUCAACAUGACCAAAGCAGACUUCUACUGGUGUCAGAAGCCCUUGUAUCGGAACCUGUACAACAACCACGAGUUUCUGGGCCAAACAGCCAUCAAGCAGGGAACCAAGAGUCUAGCUUCUCAGCUUCAAGGUACCAAGUCCGUCGAAGAAAGAACUACACUGGUUCUCUCAGCCUUCAUUGAGAAGGUCGCGGACGUACUAUCCGUUUCUGUGGACUCGAUCGAAUCUGCGAACCCUCUGUCAGCCUACGGACUAGACUCCAUCAUUGCGGUGGAGUUCCGUAAGUGGUUCUCUAGAAGCGUGGGUGUUGAGAUUGCUCUAUUCGACGUACUCGGAGCUCCUUCCAUCUUCGCUUUAGUGACCAAAGCCAGCGGACUGAUCACGAUCACCACAAGCAACGACGACAAGGCUGAGAAUGUCGACAACGAGGGGGCCAAGGGGAAUGAAGACCAAGAGGUAGAAACCCAGCAGGGCCAGCUGAACCAACCCAUCCCCCCAGCAGCGGCUGUUGGCCCUGUACCCAUGUCUAGCUUUCAGCAGCGACUGUGGUUCAUUCAUAACUUCGGCGAUGACAAGACCUUCCUUAAUCUGUCCAUCACUUCAUAUCUCGAAGGCAAUCCGGACGCCACAAUCCUGGAGAAGGCCUUGAACGAAUUAGUGAAUCGGAACGCUAUUCUCAGAACUGGCUAUACCGAGGGAGAUGAGUUUGCUGAACAGACCGUCCUGGACAUGCCCAGUAUCAGCUUGGAACGCAUUGACGUAUCGUCAAAACCAAGCCCCACCGUCUCGCUUCAGGAUGUAAUCCAACGCCGCAGAGCGAUAGAGCUGGAAAUUGAGGAGGGUGAAGUUGUUAGACCCAUGUUGGUCCGGUUGAGUGACGAUCAGCACGCUCUGGUGUUGAUCUGCCACCAUAUCGCCAUUGAUCGUGGUAGUGCAAAAUCGUCGCUGAACCAACUGACCGGUAUCUAUGAUGCUAUCCGCCAAGGUAGAGAUCUAGAUAUGGUUCCCCGACCGGGAGUGAGCUAUGCGGACUUUGCCGUCUGGCAUAACCGAUUGCUCAGCUCACCUUCUCUGCAGGCUGAUCUGACCUUCUGGAAAGAGAAUCUGUCUGGAAUGCCGAAAACAUGCAAGCUCCUCCCCUUUGCCAAGUCUGAAAGGCCUUUGCACGAUGACCUUCAGCGGACAGUUGUUUCUGGCAUCCUGAAGAAGAGCCUUCUAAAUAGGAUGAAACGAAUUUGCUCACAAUCGGGGGCGACCCCAUUCCAAUUCCUGCUGGCUGCUUUCCGGGCCUUUAUCUUCCGCUAUACUGAGGACAGCGACUUGGGAAUUUUGAUGAUCGACGGUGAUCGACCUCACCCGGAUCUUGAGGACGUGCUGGGAUUCUUCGUCAAUAUGACCCCCAUUCGGUGUCAGGACAGCUGUGAGGGUGCAUUCGACCAAUUGCUUGAGGCAACCAAGACCCGAACUUUGGAAGCCAUGUCUCAUAGUAAAGCGCCCUUUGAUAGCAUUGUAGAUGUUGUCAAGGCGAAGAAAACAACAAGCCACUUUCCUUUGGCCCAGAUUGCCUUGAAUUAUCAAAUUCAUGGUACAUUCCCAGUCUACCGCACCCAAGAUUUCAACGUUCAUGAUGUGCAAUCCGUGGAUGUACCAACCGCCUGCGAUAUGCAGCUUGAAGCGCUUGAGCACCCUGAAAGAGGCCUGGACCUCCGCCUUGAAUACUCUUCAACCCUUUACGGCUCAGGCGACAUGAACCGCUUCUUUGACAAUUUUGUCACAUUCAUGUCCAGCCUGAUCAGGGACCACCGACAGCCGAUCGCCGAAGUCAAUUUGUGUGGCGCGCUGGAGAUUGCCCAUCUUGAGAAGAACUUCUGGAACACCCAAUUUACUCAGAACCCCUGGGGCAGUGUGGGAGUGUGCCAGAGGAUCAUGGAAAAUGCCGCCAAGCAGCCAGAGGCCGUGGCGAUCGCUGCAUCGGACGGAGCCGCUAUAACAUACUCCGAAUUGGUGGAGCGCGCUCAGAGGGUUGCUGCAUCCCUCAAAGCAUCUGGUGUCACUGAAAGACAAAAGAUUUGUGUACUGGUGGAUCCAGGGGUCGAUGCUGUCAUCGCGCUUCUGGCUGUUUUACUCACCAGAUCCUGCUAUGUGGCCCUGGAUAGCAGUUUUGCCGUGGAUCGGUUGGCAUUUAUGGCGUCUGACUGCGGCGCAGGAGUCUUGCUUUUCGGACCAGAACUUCAGGGACUGGCGGAAACGGUUGCUUCCAAGUCUAAGUCAGGCCUCAGGCUACUGGAUACGAAGAAGGCAGCGCUGUGUGAGGAUAGAUUUGUUGGAGAUUUGCCUUCUGUCAAUGAAGAUCCUUUCUUCAUUAUUUAUACAUCUGGGAGUACUGGAAAGCCUAAGGGUGUAGUUCUGUCCCACGCGAACACUCAGCAGAUGCUGGCGUCCGUUGGCGAGUAUUUCCGAUUUACAUCAGAUGACCGAUUUUUGCAACAGUCCUCGCUGUGCUUUGAUCUUUCCGUCGUACAGAUCUUUUCUGCGUUAACUGCUGGCGCCCGCGUCUGUGUAGCAAAGCAUGAUAUCCGGAAGGACCCAGCUGCCCUGGCUGCCUUCAUGCAUGAAACGGGUGUGACCAUAACCUACUUCACGCCAACCCACUUUGCUUUGCUCCUAGAGCAUAGCUGGGAAACUCUUCAUCAGUGCUCGCAGUACCGCGCCGCUUUGUUUGCUGGAGAACGGCUUCCAGUCCGCAUUGCCAGGGCAUUCUACGACCUACAGACACCAGCCGUCGUCUACAACACCUGGAGUCCGAGCGAAUUGGUUGUUCAGACAACAAUUCACAAGGUCGAUAAGCCAGAUGACGACGUCUUUGACAUCCCGAUCGGUCGGCCACUUCCUAAUUGCCGCCAUUAUGUAGUUGAUGCGGUACUCAAUCCGCUCCCGGCGGGAUUCGUCGGCGAGAUCUGCGUUGGAGGCGCCCAAGUGGGCUUGGAAUAUCUAAAUCGGCCGUUGGCCAAUGCAACCUCUUUUGUGAGAGAUCUCAAUUCUACCCCAGAAGAUCAAGCAAGAGGUUGGAAGAAGAUGUUCAGGACAGGUGACAAGGGAUCGUUUCUGCCAAAUGGGCUUCUCACCUUCAAGGGUCGAAUUGCUGGGGACAAACAGAUCAAGCUUCGCGGAUUCCGGAUCGACUUAGGGGAGGUGGAGCAGGUACUCUACAAGAAUGCAUCAACACCAGAUGGCCAAGGCAUUGUGGAUAUCUCAGUCAUCGCUCGAGAUUCCGAGAAGAGCGAUGCGACGUCUCCCCUGACUGACGAGCGGCGACUUAUCGCUUUUGUCAUCCCCAAGAAACCGCUUCAGUCAACCCAGGAACGGGAUGAGUAUGCUAACUACCUCCACCGUAUGGCACAGGGCUCUUUGAAUGAGUACAUGUGUCCAAACGGCUACCAGUUUCUCGAGAGGUUGCCCAUGACUAUCGGCGGAAAGGUGGACCGUCGCAGUUUACUGACUAUGAAACUGGACUUAGCGCAACACACGACCACUUGCACUGACAGUAGGCCAGUGACAGAGGUUGCUGGCGAUGAUGCUGAAAUUCUGCAGGGCGUCACCGGACAGGUGUGUAGCCUGUUGGGCAUUGACAGGUCAAUUGCCCCGAAUGACAACUUUUUCGAACUGGGUGGCCAAAGCAUUUUACUUCUGCGACUGCAGUCGCGGCUCAAGAAGAAGUUCAAAGUCACACUGAAGUUGCAGGAGCUCAUACAUGCUCCCACGCCUUUAGCUAUUGCUGGAAUGAUUCAAAAGCAGCUUAAGGGGCCCGCGGGUGUUCAGAAUGAAAAUGCUUCGAAGAGCAUCGAUUGGUCGGAAGAAAUUUCGUUACCUGCUUCACUCAUGAACACCGACUACAGCCAGCUUUCUCGCUUCCCGCGUACCGAUGUGAGCAGUAUACUGCUUACUGGUAUUGACACCUUCAUUGGCCUUCACAUGUUGGCCACUAUCCUUUCGAACAACCACAAUGCGACAGUUUACGUCAUUGGAAUUCAUGAUGAACUGACUGCGGACCAUUUGGUCGAAGGGUUGACUAAGUACAAGUUGCUGGAUGCUCACCUUUCCACUGAAGAUGUUCUUUCGCGGACUUGCGCCGUUCCGGGGAAGAUGACUUCACCUCGUUUUGGACUUGCAGAAGAGGCCUUCAGAAACCUGGCGGACAAGGUUCGAGUGAUUUUUAACAUUGCAGCGGAUGUUUCGCUCCUCAAGACAUAUGUCGACCUGAAAACCGUGAAUACCAGCGCCAUUCUGACACUCAUCGAGCUGGCUACGAGCAGCCAUGGCCACCUACUAGAAAUCCACCAUCUAUCAACAUGGAGUGUGCCCCAUCUGCAAACCUGGAAGAAAACCUCCCGGACACGAGCAUUCGCCAGCAACAGGGAAGAGGACCCCAGCCAUUUCACACCGCCUACAGCCGACGAAUACGGAUAUUUCAAAUCUCGCUGGGCUGCGGAAAUGUACCUCACCCAAGCUGCCGCUCGUGGUGUACCCGUGUCCAUUUACCGUGCUUCCUCCGUCUCUGGCAGCCGAGCCACAAACGUCCCAGUCCCCGAAAUGGACUUUAUCAGCAACAUGAUCAUGCACAUGAUCCAGCACCGGGCUAUCCCUGAAAUCAACUCCAGCAGCCUCAUUGACGAGGCUGGUGAUUUUGUCGUGGAUUUUCUUCCUGUUGACGCCUUGACCUCUUCGAUGUACACUCUGGCGUCUGAAGAGAGUGCCGCAGCCCCUGGGUUGCAGGUGUACCAUUUGGGCAGCUCACAGCCUCUCCCUCUUCAGGCCUUAGUCGAUGUGAUACCAUCGUUGGAUCAGUCGGGCGCGGCUGGCAAAUGUCGCGUCGUCCCGAUGCAGGAAUGGCUGCGACUUGUGUCUGAGGGAGCUAGCGAAGAGGAACAAUUGCAUUGGAUGGUCGUCAAGAAGUAUUUCCAACAUGGCCAUUCCAUGUUCGCGUUGGAUAAGUCGCAUACUGUGGCUGCUUUGAAAAAGGCGGGCAAGGAGGUGGAGUUCCCGGCUAUUGAUGUGGACUACUUAAAGAGGCUGCUGGACGAGCGGGGUCCGGGAUUGAAGCGGUAA